ACGCUAACGCUGAAACCUGACAUAUGCAUGCUAGCUAUGUUUACAAAUUAGCAUGUGACAGGACCUGACAACAACAACAACAACAACAUGUAGACUGAUAAAGCUCUAAAACAUAUAUAUCGUCGUUUAGCUUUUAUUUGUGGAGGAAAAAAAAAGUGCUUGGUUUUAAAAACCCAAACAAACACAUCAUUAACAACGGUCGCUUUGUUAUAAUCCGAAAUAAAAAAAUAAGGAACACUUGUUUAAAAAAAAAAAGAAAUCUGAUUCGCUGAUAAAUGUGUUGUUUUGAGGUUAAAAUGUGAAUGCUAAUCCGCUAGCACAGCUUUGCUAGUUCCGCUGUUUGUUUUGUUUACAUCUGAAUCGGAAUCAGAAUCGAGUUUCCUUCUCACUUUGGUUGUUGGUGCUUGAACAGGAGUUCGGACUCAGAGGCAGCAUGGCGGAAACUCAAGGGCAGUCCAGCGUUCCAAACGGUGGGGCUGAUGAUCCAGAACCAGAAGAGGGAAGAGGCAGCGAAGGAGACUCGACUUCACCAACAGAGGAUCAGAUACAACCCGAUUCAGAAUUGAGCUCACAGCAGGAGCAGCCAACUGCAGAAGAAGAGGAAGACGAAGAAGAGGACACGGACAGCAUGGACGACAGCCUUUUGUACUCUCUCGUGGAGGAAGGAAAGGACCGAGACAGCGACGGAAGCGGACGAAGAGGACGAGUGAAGAAAGACGAGAGCAAGAGAGCGGGCCGGAAGAGGAACCGACCCAUGUCACGGCACUCCUCCAGCUCUGAGGACGACGACGAUGACGACGACGAUAAUGAAGAUGACGACGAUGAAGAUGAAGCGGAGAACGAGAAGGAAGAAGAGGAAGACAUGGAGGUGUGGAUCGGGGCAGAGGUAAAGGAAAUGGGCGGGCCUAAGUGGCGCGCGGUGCCAUCUCUGCGGGCGCGGGAGAUUGGGAAGAACUCGGCGCAGUUUGUGCGGAGUGUGUGCGGCUCUCGAGGCCUGGUGCAGCGUCUGGAGCUGCAGGCUCGGCUGGAGCGGCACAGCGGCUGCGUCAACACACUCCACUUUAACCCCUCCGGGACGCGCCUCGCUUCAGGCAGCGACGACCUGCGUGUGGUCAUCUGGGACUGGGCGAGACGCCACGCCGAGCUCGAGUUUGACAGCGGACACAAGAGCAACGUCUUUCAGGCGAAGUUUCUCCCUCACAGCGGAGACUCCACGCUGGCCAUGUGCGCUCGGGACGGGCAGGUCCGAAUAGCCGAGCUGUCCGCCACACAGCGCUGCAAAAACACGAAACGAGUGGCUCAGCACAAAGGCGCUGCACACAAGCUGGCCCUGGAGCCGGAUUCCCCCUGCUGUUUCCUCUCCACUGGAGAAGAUGCGGUUGUGUAUGGCAUUGACCUGCGUAUCGAUCGACCCGCCAACAAACUUGUCGUGGUGAAGGAAAGCGACAAGAAGGUGGGUUUGUACACCAUCUACGUGAAUCCAGCCAACACGCAUCACUUCGCCGUCGGAGGAAGAGAUCAGUACCUAAGGAUCUACGAUCAGAGGAAGAUCAACGAAAACGACAACAACGGUGUUCUCAAGAAGUUCUGUCCAUCUCACCUGGUGUCCAGCGAAUCCAAAACGAACAUCACCUGCUUGGUGUACAGCCAUGACGGCUCAGAGCUGCUGGCGAGUUAUAACGACGAGGACAUUUAUCUGUUCGACUCGAGCCAUAGUGACGGUGCCGAUUAUCGCCGGAGAUACAAAGGACAUCGCAACAAUGCUACAGUGAAGGGCGUGAACUUCUACGGGCCUUGCAGUGAGUUUGUCGUGAGUGGAAGCGACUGUGGACACAUUUACCUGUGGGAUAAACAGUCGGCCCGUGUGGUGCAGUUCAUGGAGGGCGACAGAGGCGGAGUGGUGAAUUGUUUAGAGCCUCACCCUCACCUGCCCGGUCUGGCCACCAGCGGCUUGGAUCACGACGUUAAACUCUGGGCUCCGACUGCAGAGAACCCCACCAGCCUGAAAGGCCUUAAAGAGGUGAUGAAGAAGAAUAAGCGCGAGCGUGAUGAAGACAGCGCUCGGCAUGGCGAACAGUACGACACACAGCUCCUCUGGUUCCUGAUGAGACACAUGAGGAACCGCAGACCUCUUAGAACUCAGAGCCGACACGGAGAAGGCGGAGACGGAGACACAGACACAGAGUCGUGGAGCUCUCCAGAAUCUUCUGAUGAUGAGGACGGAGGCCCUGACCACGUCCAGUGCAUGUCGUCCUGAGCCGCGCGCACACACACACACCUUCCUUCCUUCCUUCCUUCCUUCUCUCUCUCUCUUUCACAAACCGCCCAUGGUCAUGUAUUUAAGCACAUACACAGUAGUUAUGCACUGAUGCACUGCGAGUACAAUGCCAGCAAAACACACACACACACACACACACACACUGCUUUAUAGACAGAGUGAGGGAGAGAUGAAUGGAAUGUCGACACACACAAUAAUUACAGGCAAGAAUGUGAUGAAAGAUUCGAUAUUUUUAUAUGUUUCUGUACUCUGAUCGACACCCAUACACUUUUCAGCCCACACACACACACACACACUGUUCCCUCAGAAGCAGCUUCACUUCACACACUGGAGCAGUGGAGGACGAGAUUACAGCUUCUUGCUUCUCUUUCCUGGACAUCGUGGACCCUACAGAGGGAUAAUUCAGCGAUGAUGUUCGAGCACGUGCUUCUUUCAGCCCUUUUUAAUUCCAAAGAGCCUCCGUCACCACGUCGGGUCUCGGACGUGGAACUGACGCGUCUCUGCGCAACAUGGAAAACGAACAGCCGUGUCGGCAUCCCGUCUCCCCCUUCUCCUGUUCCGAGGACUGAACUCGGCAAAUUUGAAGCGUUUAACAGGUUCGCUGGCUGCUCUGUGGAUUGACCCCGCCCCAAAUGGCUGGAUGCCGUUUCUGUACCCUAAAUAGUGCACUUGGUGAGUCCGACACGAUAUUGGAUUACAAACCGGUUUCUGCACUGCGUCGGCCCUUUGUGUCGAUGAAGUGCACUAAAUAGGGUGUAAAAGCAUACUUUAUGAGCUGUAUCCCAAUUAAAUAUCUGUUUACACUGUCCAGUGCACGACAGAUAUAAAGUAGUCCCUUCUUUUACGCCCCGCGUAGUGCACUAACAGGAUGACGGGACGGUUUUGCAUUCGCUGUAGGUCACUGAUGUAGCUUGUGCACUUCGAAGAGUUUAGAAGCACUUUGUUCAUGCCCUACAUAGUGGCCUUGUUGUGAACAUGUCUUCAUGGCACGUUAUUGGACAUGUUCUUGCACCCUCUAUGGAGCUGCGUCCAAACCGGAGCUGGAGUGCACUAAAUAGGGUACGGUGGCAUCAUUUCCUGCUGUAUGUAGUGCACUUUGUGUGUCGGCUCCCUGCGGCUCCUACUAUACAGUGUCUUUAUUUUCGUAUGUAGCAUCCUGAUAGCUAUGGGGAGCUGAAGACACGUCGGGAACUAGUGGACACGGAGUGCGCUACAUAGGGUCAAGGAGCCAUGGCCUUUUUUUUUUUUUUUUUUUUUUUUUUGGUGUGUGUAUAUGCAGUAGAGAGCCAUUUGGAAUUGAACCCGUUUCUCAGAUCUGCACCUGAGCAGGACAAAGUGGGCCGGCCUCGUCCCAAUCCUACGUCUUGUUCCUUUCUCUCAUGCUUGCUGAGUGCACUUUAAUCAGGGAUCUGUUCAUUUUUGAGUCUCGACAGACGAGUGAGCACUUAGAGGGCUUGCAAUGCGCAUUUUUUUUUUUUUAAUUUUUUUCCCCCCUUCAUCCAAACUGGGGAUUAAAGAUUUGAAGAUUUGGUACUAGAUAUGUUUGCACUUGAACGGAAAUCCUGGAUGUGAGCUCCUCUUAAAAGUGGUGUCCUUCCUUUAAAAAAAAGAAGAAAAGGAAAAAAAAAACUGCUCUGCAUUCCCCCCUCCCCCCCUUGAAGUGUGCAUGCGAGUCGAGAUUGUAGCACAGCAAGCACUAUUUGGGACGGAACCCUUUUUUUUUUUUUUUUCCUGUUUAAAGUAAAACGUACGCAUGAUCCGAUUUUUUUCAAGUCAUGAUUGUUUCAUCACCGACUACGAUAUUAUGACUUUUUUUUUCUCCCCCUUUAAACCAGGGUUGAUUCUUUGACACAGCAAGUUAUACACGCUGCCAGUUACAUGUGGUAGCACAUGCUAGCUUAACGUAACCAUGGAAACUACAUCUGGCCAUGUUGGCAUGUUUAUGAUUUAUUCAGCAUUUCCGAUUUUUAUCAUCAUGUCGCGUAACUAAAGAAGAGCUGACUUGUUGUGAUUCAGUCUGACCUGAUGAGAAUAACGUGAUCCUUCUUUUACGGAACUUGCGUCCUUAACGCUGCGUUCGAGAAGGUCGACGAUGCUUCUUAUCUUAUCCGAACUAGCCCUUUCCUAACAGCAAAUUUAGAAGGAAAUCAUGAUUUUUUUUUUUGUGCAUGCACUCGUAUCUCAUCACAGAGGGCUGCGUACUAAAUGGUGUACUAUUUUGACGUGAUGUUUAGUAGCGUGCUAUUUCGGAUGCAGUCAGCAGCCCAUGUUAGGAAGGGGGCGGUCCUUAAUUUUCUUCUUUCUGCUAGGGGGAUGAUUUUUUUUGCUUUUUGUAUGGGGAAAAUAAUGACUUUGUAUGUACAUAUGAGUGUGUAUAUAUAUAAUUAUAUAUAUAAAUAUAUAUAAAAAUAUAUAUAUAUGAAACUGUAAAGAACUCCACUUCCGCCAUCAUCAUCCGAAUUUGAUUCAGAGAUUUAUAUUGUAUACGGAAACGGAUUUAAAAAGAGAUCGAUGAUUGAUUUUUUUUUUUUCUUUCCCCUUCCUCCGAACGAUCCCUUAGAAGAUAUAAGCGUCGUGUACUUUUGAAUCUGUUUUUUUUUUCUUUAAUGUUAUUAGCGUCAUCUAUAAAUCUAAGUUAUUUACUUUUUUGGCCACGCCCCCAUAGCUUCCUGCAGAAUGGCUUUUAAAAUUUUCAGAUUCCUCCUUUGAUUUUUUCGAUUGUUGAGUUACCGCACUACUGCCUAAUAAUAACUGUUAUUGGUUCAGUUGAGAAAACAUGUACAACUUGUGCAGUUAACAAAUAGAAAAGGCUGUUUAUGAUCA